CGCAAGACGGUUGGUUAGGUUGAUGGUUGGAUUCUAUUCGGAGGCUUUUUGCUUAGUCGCAUCUGCCUUUUGUUUUUUAGGGGCUUUGGGUCUAUUGGGGGAUUUUUUUGUCUUGGGUUUUGAGGUAUUCCGCCACUCUUCUUUAGACCUUGGGGUCGAGAUUUUUGUGGAUGGGGUUGGGUUGUUAUUUUCUAGGGUCGUUUUUUUUAUUGCUAGCAAUAUUUUUAAAUUUAGCGGGCAUUAUAUAGCAAGGGCUUUCCACCCUUCUCGGUUCCACGCUUUGUUAAUGUGUUUUGUUUUUUCUAUAGUUAUUUUUAUUUUCUCUCCGGGGUUAUUUAGUCUUAUAAUUGGGUGGGAUGGGUUAGGGGUUUUUUCCUUCUUACUAGUUCUUUUUUAUCCAUGUCACAGGUCCUUAGGGUCUGGGAUGAUUACGGGCCUAAGAAAUCGUUUAGGGGAUUGUUUUUUGGUGUUAGCACUGCUGUUAUGGGGUCUGGGGUUUGGAAGCGGGGGUUAUGGGGCGCACGAGUUUGGCAUUGUGGUUAGAGUUUUUUUAGUGGUGGGAGCCAGAACUAAAAGAGCCCAGUUUCCUUUUUGUAGCUGGCUUCCUCGGGCUAUAGCAGCCCCGACUCCAGUUUCUUCUUUAGUACACUCAUCUACCUUAGUUACAGCUGGAGUAUUUUUAGUUGUGCGGUAUUGUAGGGGAUUGGAGGGCGGAGCCUUAGUUUUGCUGCAAUGGUGCUCAUUAAUUACAAUGGUUUUGAGGGGCUUAAAUGCCUGUGUGGAGUGUGAUGCUAAAAAAGUUGUUGCUUUGUCGACCCUUUCACAGGUUUCUUUUAUAAUGUUCUCUGUUAGAAUUGGGUACCCCUUGUUGGCAUUUUUUCAUUUGUUAACUCAUGCUGUAACUAAGGCCCUUUUGUUUGUGUGUGUAGGUUUAGUUAUUAUAGGGUACAGGCAGGAUUUGCGUCGGUUGGGUGGGUGUUUCUCGGAAGAAGGGGGUUUAAAAUGGUAUUUUUUAGGAAGGUGUGUGGGGUUGUGUGGGAUCCCAUUUUUAAGAGGGUUUUAUUCUAAGGAGGUAAUUAUUGAGUCAAUAUUGCACAGGCCGCUUGGGUGGUUGGGGGUAGCUUUUUUUUUAGUUGGAGUUUUUUCAACUGGGUACUACAGAGCUCGGUUAGGAUAUUUUUGUUUUUUCAGCGGGCUCCGGGGAGAUAAAAUUGGGGGAGUGAGAUCAUAUCGCUAUAGGGGAGGUUUGAGCUUGCCAUCGGCCCAUUAUUUUUGUUUCAAUCUUUUUUGUUUUGUAGUUUUUUUGGGGGGGGGUAGGGGGGUGAUUCUUUAAUUCAGGGGUUCCUUGCUACCCUUGCUGAGAAAGAAAAGUUAUUUUGCUGAGGUGUCCUUGGUUUGUUAUGUGAUGGUUUUGGGCUAGGGAGGUGUUGACAGGGCUUUAUUUUAACGAGAGUUGAGAGGAAAAAAAUUUUAGUGUGCGUUAUACAAAUGACUAUUUUAAACGGCCCAUUUUGGAGGAAAGCUCAGAUUGGUGGAGAAGCUUCCGCGGAAGUUUUAUUCGCGAGUUGGGUUUUUUAGAUGGAUUAAGGGGUCAGCCUCUUGUUUAUGCCGGAUUUAUAUUGUCAGAAGAGGUGAGCUCUGGACUCGAUCAGGGCUGGUUUGAAUUUUUUGGGCCGGGGGGUUUAUCUCGAUGUUUUAAGAAAGCGCUAAACUGCAAUAUGUUUAUGUGCAGUCAUUGGUUUGCUUGUUUUUUCGUAGUAUAUAUUUUAGAGGUGUGUUUAUGGGUCGGCCUUUCUUAGUUGGUUCAGAUAUAUGGAAAGUUUGAUAGCAGGGUUAAUGCCUGGCGGGUCCGUCAGAUGUUAGAUUGGGGUCAGAUCUUAGGUUGGGGGAGGAAGAUUAAUGAGUGGGGCCGGCUUUCUAGCGAAGGUUGUAGGUUGGAGAGAAGCCAGAUAAGAUUGCCGGAGCCAGUUACUUUGCAGGGUUACAAUUUAGAGAUGGUAUAUGAGAGGUGCCUAAUCAUUGCUUUCUUUGUAAGGUUUACUGUUAUUUUUUUCCUGCGGAUAGCUUCUUUCAACAAGAUUACAUGUAGGGUUUAUUUAGACUGUGGGCGGUUGGAGGUUUUCUGGUCUUUGGUGCCUUUUAUUUUUUUAGUUUGCUUGUGCACUGUUUCCGUUUUUGCUCUGUAUGUUAAUGAUGAGACAAAUCUUGACCCCUUUAUUGAUGUAAUCGUGGUGGGCCAUCAGUGGUAUUGAAGGUAUGAGUUAACAAGUAGAAAGGCUGAAACUAUUAAAUGGGACUCACGAAUAGUGAGGCGUAGUGCAGGGAGACCUCUUAGGUUCCGUGACUACUCCGAGGUUGACCGCCCGUUGGUAGUUCCACAGGGAAAGCCCAUUCGGGUGUUUGUUACGAGGGAUGACGUUCUUCACAGCUGGGGGUCUCCCCUUCUUUUGAUGAAGAUUGACGCUAUUCCGGGUCGGCUAAGUCGGGGAAGUUUAGACUUUAAUGUUUGCGGGGUGUUUUCUGGGUUCUGUGUUGAGUUAUGCGGCGCAUAUCAUGCUAUAAUGCCUACUAUGAUUGAAGUAGUUAGGCCAGAGGACUAUAGGGAGUGGCGUGAUUGGAGAGAAGGGGGUUGUGAUCUAGGUGCUCGGCUGAAAGCGUUUGUUGAGUUAAUUAACAUUGCGGUUGAGGGGGAGUGUUUAAAUCACAGAUUAAGGCAUAAAGAUAUAGUUAAUGUGAUUAAAGGGGAUGUAACCCCUCUAUUACGCUUACCCUCGAUUCAAAAGAGGCUGAAAUCUAUGGGAUUUGUUCACGUUGAUGUAAUGGAGAAGGUAAUGGGGUCUACGAUAAGAUCUAAAAAGUUUGAGGAGCUUGUUUUAGAAAUGGAGAAGGAGCAAGCUGGGCAUGAUUUGGGAGAACGGCUUUUAAGGCGUCGAGGUAGGUAGCUAUAGUCGGCUGCCUUGGUUUAGACCAGGUAGUGCUUUUAAGG